UCUGUGGAUGAAGCAGAAGUGGCUGCUGUGUAGAAGAUGGUGGUGAUGGCGUCCCUUGCCUCACAUGAGACAGAUGAGAGUGAAAGUGAUGAGAAAAGCAGAGCACCAGUACUCUCUCCCAGUCCUACCCUCAGGCUGCCAUCUCAACCAUCUGAAGGGAGGAGGAAAUCAAGAGGAAAGACACCGGGACAGUGGGAGUUUCAUGGCCCGGCUGUGGACGAGAACAAGCAGCAAGUGUUCACUCAUGGCGUCCACUUCCUGCGCCACUUUCCCUGUGACAGCCCUGUGCGGUACAUGAUGUAUUCUGAGGAUGCUGCAGCGGUGGUCAGCCUCCACACAAACAACACAGCCCGCUUGUACCAGGCUGACGGGCACCAGCUGCGCUCCCAAGCCUGGUCGGUCCCAUGCCCCUUCACAGGCCUCACCUCUACUAAGCUUCCAGGUCAUCUGGUGGCAUGGGGCCCGGGGGAAAAUUUAGUGCUUUUGGACAGUGAGUUUCACUACCUGGAUGUGGCCCACGAGCCCCUGGACAUACGUGUGUGUCAGGCCGCGGAGCACUCCACAGAGGUGGUGACUGCAGGGGCGGGGAAUGUGUGUGUGUGGUCUGUGAGACACAUGAGGUGUAAGGUGAAGAUACUGGAGGGUCUGCAGCAGAGUGUCUUCACUCAAAUGGCCUUGGCACCCCCAACGUCCAGUAAGCCCCACAGAGCCUUUGCUGUGUGCGGCAGAGUCGUGACAGUGGUCGACCUCAGUGCUGGGAAAGUUUUGGAGCACAAAACGGACCUCUGCUUACGCAAUAUCACUGCACUGGUGUUCUGUGCUCAACUGGACUGCUUGAUCAUCGCAUCUCAAGACCUGUCCAUUAGAGUAUGGGAUCAAGACUGGGAGCUCUGUAUGGCUUUUGUAGGACAUAAUGGUGUGGUGAAUUCACUACUCUACUGCACUGAGUUUGGCAUGCUGAUUUCAGCCUCGAUGGAUUGCACUUUGCGUUGCUGGGAUGUGGAGAAGGGGGACGAGGUCCAGUGUGUCCACACAGAGGAGAACAGUCCCCCCUUGUUCAUCGGAGGCCCUGAAAAAGAAGGCACCUUCUACUCCUUCUCUCAUCAUGGAGUAGACUUCUGGACCAUGAACACCUUGUACACGCUCCACUGUAAACUGAGAGGGGAUGCAAGGCUCCCGUUGAGACAAGUCCUAGUCCCACCUUUCCCUGCUCCUUACCCCACCCGAGCGCUCUGUGUCAGUGGUGACAGUGAUGUUAUGCUGGUGGCUGCAGAAACAGGUGCAGUGCUAACUUCUUUCAUGUCAAAACAGAGGAUUUUGUGUGCUGAUUACUGCCUGCACAAAGAGGUCCUGCUGGUCCUGACAGAGGCAGGCACAGUGCUCCAGGCCAACACUCUCACCAACCCGGUGACGCUGAUGGAAGAGUGGCAGGGGAGGGGCCUGGGGCCCUGGCAGUGGGAGAGUGGAAUGACUAGGGCCCAGAAUCUGCCAAACCCCGGUCCUGCUUGCUGCCUGGUACUCUACAGCUGCAUUGUUGAAACUCAAAGAGCCCUCAAGGAGUGGCAGAGUUUGCAGGAGGAGAGAGGACACUCUCACAGGAAGAAGGCAACACUUGAUGAUGCCAAGAACAAGUGA